AUGGGGAGAGAUGACAGGAACGUACCGGUGGUCAAUGAUCACGGAUUCAUUAUAAACGGCUGUAGCUUUAACGUCGAUCCCAAGUAUCAUCCAAUUGAUGCUAUUGGUCAUGGAUCAUACGGUGUUGUAUGUUCUGUUCGCAAUACCGAGACGAAUGAAAAGCUAGCGAUUAAAAAAAUCACACCGAUGGCUGGUGAUGAAUGGGAUGCUACGCACACUCUUCGAGAAAUUCGUCUUAUGCGUUGUCUUGGCGCGCAUGAAAAUAUCAUUUCAUUGAAAGACUUGAGCAUGUGCAAGGAUAAAGAUGAAUUAUACAUGAUGAUGGAGUUGGCGGAUACGGACUUGCAUCGUUUAAUUCAGAGCUCGUGUCCUUUGACAGAAGGGCAUAUUCGAGUUAUCAUGUAUCAGGUUCUUUCAGGCGUUAAAGCUAUGCACGAUAAUGGCGUUCUUCAUCGUGACUUAAAACCAGGCAAUCUAUUACUGAACAAAGAUUGUGAACUCAAGAUUACGGACUUUGGUCUUGCUCGCAUGAUGCCAAAAAAUGGAUCACAACAACUUGCAAGCGACGAAGUGUCGAUGAUGACUGAGUACGUAGUUACGAGAUGGUAUCGACCACCAGAACUUAUGCUAGCACCCAAUGGUUCUUACGACGGAGCCAUUGAUAUGUGGUCAGUUGGUUGUAUUCUUGGCGAAUUAGUAUCACGCCGACCUUUGUUUCCAGGUACAGACUUUAUGGAUCAAUUAACGCGUGUAUUUCAAGUCCUACCAGUCCCGGAACCUGAAGAUCGUGGAUAUGUAAUUGAAAAAGAUGCACUUAAGUUUCUUUCGUCGCUUCCUGUUCCACUUUCGGGUGCAUUGGAAACGAAAUUGGGUGACAAAAUCAGUGCUCACGCUUUAGAUCUUCUUCGUCAAUUAUUGUGCUUUAAUCCAAAAGAACGCAUUUCAGCAACCAAUGCAUUGAUUCAUCCGUUUUUCAAAGGAGUUCAAGACGAAUGGGGAGAAAUUGCGUCUCUGAAUUUACCGCAUUCACUUGAAUUUGCUUUUGAUACGCAGUCACUUCCACUCACAACAUUACGUGAAUAUAUUUGUGAUGAAGUCCGAUCGUUUAAUCCUUGCCUAACCAAACAGCAAUUUGAAGAUCAUGGAAAGGAACUUCAGCCUGAAAAAGUGGAGCAAUCGGUCACAAAAAGCAAUAAUGAAUCACCUUUUGUUCUGGAGUAUGACUGUCGUUCUGGUUCAGGCUUUAGUCUGAAAGGUUGUGAUUUUAAUGUUCCAUCAAAAUACCAUCCACUGCAAGUAUUGGGUGAAGGUUCGUAUGGUAUCGUGUGUGCUGCGACGGAUUCUGAGACAAAACUGAACGUUGCGAUCAAGAAAAUUACACCGAUGGCUGGAGAUGAAUGGGAUGCAAAGCAUACUUUGCGUGAAAUUCGUUUGAUGCGAUACUUUGGCAAACAUCCAAAUAUUGCAUCGCUACAGAAUUUAAGCACUUGUAUGGAGAAAGAUGAACUUUAUUUGAUGAUGGAGUUAGUAGAUACCGAUCUGCACCGUUUAAUACAGAGCAAAACAAAGCUCGAAGACGCUCAUAUUGCUGCAAUCAUGUACCAACUUCUUUCUGGUGCUCAUACAUUGCAUGAGAAUGGUGUAUUACAUCGAGAUCUUAAGCCCGGAAAUAUUCUUGUGAGCAAACAUUGUGAUGUGAAAAUCACAGAUUUUGGCUUAUCGCGGUAUGUACCUCACAGCACACGAUCAAGUGAGCAAGAUGGUGGGUUUUCUCGUCGUAAAGUCGAAAAAACACAAGCGCUUAUGACUGAGUACGUCGUGACGCGUUGGUAUCGACCACCUGAAAUUAUGCUUGCACCUACUGGCGUCUAUAACGAAGCAGUGGAUAUGUGGUCCAUUGGCUGCAUUUUUGGUGAAUUGCUUAAUCGUCGACCGCUAUUUCCAGGAACGGAUUUUUUGGAUCAACUUUCACGAGUCUUUAGCGUCGUGCCCGUGCCUUCUCGUGAUCAACGUGGCUAUGAUGUUGAAGGUGAUGCGUUAGCAUAUCUAGAGAGUUUACCACCUUGCUCACCGUCAGCAUUUGCUAAAACUUUUCGAAAAGCAUCACCUGAUGCUAUUGACUUACUUAGACAACUGCUAUGCGUCAAUCCAGCACAACGGAUCUCGGCAAAGCAGGCACUGACCCAUUCAUACUUUAAGACUAUUCGGACACAACUGGGUGAACCUCCUGUUUAUCGUGUGGAUAAAACGUUUGACUUUGAGUUUGAUUCGCAUGAUUUUCCACUUGCUCACUUAAAAUCUUUGAUUCAAACCGAAGUGCAUUUAAUUCAAAAGUAUGGCUUAGCUUCACCACUUGCUGUGUCGGAAGAUGAAGCAACAUUCAAUGUCGGAGUUCAUGUGGUAAAAGGGAAUGAAAACAGUCAAGAGCAAGAAAUGGAUGAUUCUGUCAGGAAAGAAUCGGUGGAGAAGCUUGAAAAGACAGCGAGUUUUGGACCUGAAGACGAUGUCGAGAGUCGCGUGAUUGAAGUGAAAGAUUCUUCGAGUUCAGAGACACAAGGAGUGAAGACAGCGUCUAUUACUAGACAUCAGGAGGAGAUAGAAACGAAAAAAGCAAUGGUUGAAGUAGAAAAGCAGAAUGAAAAGCUAGAGAUGGACAAGUGUAUGACGUCGUCAAGUACCGACGUCAUGUACUCUCGUAGGUCUGUUGUUGAUAAAGCUGUCACGAGCUCGUUGAUCCGCCCGAAAAGUGCCUUAUCAUCUCGCAGUGCGAGCCGAUCUACAACAGCAAGAACAGUGAGUUCUGGUCUCGACCGCGAUAUCGAAGACGACGACGACGUCAGAUCUAUUGCAAGCAGUAUUAGCAAUAAUCGACAAUAUCAUAACAAUAACGGGCUAGAUGCUACUGAUUUAAAGGGUCGAUGGGGUCAUUUACGCUCAGGCGCCACGGCGUCCACUGCGUCGUCGUCGCGUCUUCAUCGUAUGAUUCCUCACCAUGGCACAUCGACGACAUAUAUUUCAUCCACUCGUGACCGUCUCGUGAAGACUGCACCACUAGCUACUUCUCGAAUCUCAAGAAAUAGCAAUAAUCAACAACAUGCACGAGGAAGUGAGUUGACUGAUCGCACAUCAAGCAAAACUGAAUCUGUGCGUCGACCAGAAGGUGUAAGCUCAACUUUGGCUGCUGCUACUGCUUCAUCGCUGCGUCGACAAUCUGGAGCAUCGAAAAGUACGCACACAACAUUAGCUGCACUACCUGAUGGCUGGAUACGUCGUAUUCAUUCGAAGAAUGGACGUGAAUAUUAUUAUGACACGAACAAUAAAGUAGCAUCAUGGAAAAUGCCAGUCAAAGUUUCUUUAGACAAUAUGUUUUGUGGGGCUUCAAAUCCUCCCUCGAUCUCAUCCGCUCGAGGUGCGCCCAGUUUAUCAGUUUCCACAUCUUCUUCACCGUCCAGUGCACAAACUCCAGAGUCAUUCACGAGUCGAAGUUCGUUACUAUCAAGUCGACGAUCAAAUGCGAGUUCAACUAGUAACUUACCAAAGGAAUGGGCACGUCGGUCGGAUCCAAAAACCGGUCGUUUGUUCUACGUCAAUCUGGUCACGAAUCGCUCAUAUGCCAAGUUGCCAUCUUCGGUUACAGCUGCAAUGUUAAAUCUUGGUCGUCAAAUAAUUACCAAUAGACGCGUCGCUGCUGAAGCUAUGCAUCGAAAGAAGCCGACGAUUGGUCACAGUCCACAAUUUACACAAAUGUCUUGGCAGCGAAAGCGGGUUCCUGCUACUGACGAGUAA